UACCUGGUUUCCCACAGUGCACCGCUUCGGUACGGGCGGAAGUUCCAGUGCUGAAUCAGCGUCGUUGACCAUUUUGUGUAUUUUGAAAUUUUUUUUUGAAAUGGUUUACUAAGACGGCACAUGAAGUUGGUUAUAAAAAAGAUUGUGAGCUGUCAACGGAUCAAGAAUGGAGCCUGGUUGCAUCAAACAGGAGGAACCUGACCAGUUUGCGAACGACCUGAGCGAUCUGCGAAUUAUCCACGUGGCAGAAGAGACGGCCGGUUCGGACCUGGGGGCGGUCCGCAUUAAAGACGAGCCCCCCGAACCGCUAGACCGGGUCGAAAACGACUACGCCGCUUCCUCCCAGCUGACCGUCCAGGUCCCUCUGUCUCCUGGGGACGCGCCCGCCAGCUUCCACCGCUGCUCCGAGUGCAAGAAGACCUUCCAGAAGCUGUCCAGCUUAAAAACGCACCAGAAGGUCCACGCGGGUCCCAGGCCGUUCUGCUGCGGGGAGUGUGGGAGCAGCUUCACCCAGCGGAGACACUUCCGAGUCCACCAGGAAAUCCACACGGGGGAAAAACCCUUCCAGUGUGCCGUCUGCGGCAAACGCUUCCGGCAAAUCCAGCACUUCCGCACCCACCAACGGAUCCACACCGGGGAGCGCCCCUUCCUGUGCGGAGAGUGCGGGAAAGGGUUCAACGAACAGGGCAGCGUGCGCAAGCACAUGAGGAUCCACACCGGCGAAAGGCCCUACCGCUGCCCAGAGUGCGGCAAGGCAUUUGUGGAGAUCGGGAACCUGAAACAGCACCAGAGGAUUCACUCCGGGCUCAAGCCCCACCCCUGCCCGGAAUGCGGGAAGACUUUCGGGAGGCUGGGAAGCCUCAGGACCCACCGGCGGACUCACGCGGGGGAGAAGGCUCAUGCGUGCCAGGACUGUGGGAAACGCUUCAUUCGGCUGGGCAGUUUGAAGACCCACCUGCUUGUCCACACGGGAGUCAAGCCUCACAGCUGCGGUGAAUGUGGGAAGACUUUCAGCCAAUCGGGUAGCCUCAGAGCGCAUCAGCUGACCCACUCGGGGGCGGAGCUGUACCCUUGCACGGAAUGUGGGCGGAGCUUCAAGUAUUUCAAGAGCUUUCAAAAGCAUCAGAAAAUCCACCAAGAGGCUGUUUCACCCAACAGCGAAAGAUGAUAAACAUUUAACCCCCCCCUGCUGUUGAUGUGACCCCCCCCCAAUCCAUAAUCAUCGCAGGUACAAAUACAGGAACAUACACAUGCAAAUUAACUAUUCCACCAUUACGAGGCGAUCUGAUUCAAGCAUUCAAAAUCCUAAAAGGUAUUGACAAUGUCGACCCAGGGGACCUGAAAAAAGAAACAAGGACCAGGGGUCACAAAUUAGAUAAAGGGGCAUUCAGAACAGAAAAUAGGAGGCACUUUUUUUACACAGAGAAUUGUGAGGGUCUGGAACCAACUCCCCAGUAAUGUUGUUGAAGCUGACACCCUGGGAUCCUUCAAGAAGCUGCUUGAUGAGAUUCUGGGAUCAAUAAGCUACUAACAACCAAACGAGCAAGAUGGGCCGAAUGGGGCCUCCUCUCGUUUGGAAACUUUCUUAUGUUCUUAUGAAUUCCAUAAUGUUAAAUGUUAAAUACAUCCUUUAAAUCACAUGAUCAAUUAUUAUUAUUAUUAUUAUUAUUAUUAUUAUUAUUAUUAUUUUAUUUAUUCCUAAACCAAAUAAAAUUGCUGUUUUUUUUUUUAAUUUAUUAUUAUUUCUACAAAGAAUGAAAUCGAGUCAGGGCAGUAAAAACCCUCCUUGCAACAGCAGCCUGAAAAACAUUGAGAUGAAAAGUUAGGGGGUCAUAUUUCAGCUUGGGAUCCUAAUGUGUGAAAUAUGUGCCUCACCUCCGGCCUAAAAACUACAUCUCCCAGAAUACCGUGUCUUCAGUUACUAAGGCAACAGUGCGCGAGAAAAAUCGGCCAAUCGGAGUAAGAAUUAAGAACAUUUGAAAGCUAAUCCGAGUCAGUGGUGACGGCGUUUGGUUGAGAAACAAACGGAGCUGGAUUCAUGACUGCAGUAAGAAAAGUGACGAUACUGCUUCAUCGCGUGUUGUUUUUUCAGAUGGAUGCAUUUCCUUGUAUUGUGUCGCGCUGUUGUGAGCUUGUGAGCGAUCCUGUUGUAUUUUUGAACAGCUUAGCUGAGGUGAAGGGUUCUGUUUUGAAUGCGGGACCCAAGCAACGUCGUUAUUUCCAGAGUCUGCGUCAAACGUCAAUCAAAUGAAAUGUGCGGCUGAGCUGAUAUAGAAACUUGUGCAGAAACACACACACUGAGACACACAGUGAGACUCACAC